AUGGCAACCCAAGCCUCCCUCUUCACCCCACCCUUCUCAGGUCUCAAACCCACCGACCGUGUCUCCGUGCCAUGGAAGCAACCCCCCACUUUCUCCUUCCCCUCCCCGAAGCCCCUCAAGUUCUCCAAGACAAUCAGAGCUGCAGCUGCCGAUGAAACUGCAGAGGCAGCCACUAAAGAGGCUCCAGUUGGGUUCACCCCGCCGGAACUGGACCCAAGCACGCCUUCUCCGAUCUUCGGAGGCAGCACUGGUGGGCUUUUGCGGAAGGCCCAGGUGGAGGAGUUCUAUGUGAUCACAUGGGAGUCUCCGAAAGAACAGAUCUUUGAAAUGCCCACUGGGGGUGCUGCCAUCAUGAGAGAGGGUCCCAACCUCUUGAAGUUGGCGAGGAAGGAACAGUGUUUGGCUCUUGGAACUAGACUUAGGUCCAAGUACAAGAUCAAGUACCAGUUCUACAGGGUGUUCCCCAAUGGGGAAGUCCAGUAUUUGCACCCCAAGGAUGGUGUCUACCCCGAGAAGGUCAACCCGGGACGCGAAGGGGUUGGCCAAAACUUCAGGUCUAUUGGUAAGAAUGUUAGUCCCAUUGAGGUCAAGUUCACUGGCAAGCAACCCUAUGAUUUGUGA